AUUAUUGGAUUUGGACUUAUUUCUAUGCUGACCAAAAAGAAACGACGGCGUUUAAAGGAAUACGAUCAAUCAAAGCAGGAAACUGAAACGACGUCGCUCGGUGACAUUUUUCAAAGUAGUUUAUCCAUCUGGUUUUCCCGUUCUCGGAGCUGGAAGCAAAUUAUGGCCACGGCCUCACUCUCUCAACUCUCCUUUCUUUCUAACCCUUCACCUCGAAGCAUAACCGCUCCAUCGCUCCGGCUAACCACUUCUUUCAGGCGAAGCCCCGGCGGUGGUUCUCGUUUCAGAUGCUCCGCCGGUCAGACGGGAUUCUUCACUCGGCUUGGCAGGCUGCUUAAGGAGAAGGCCAAAAGCGAUGUAGAGAAGAUCUUCUCAGGCUUCUCGAAAACCCGAGACAACCUUGCUGUUAUCGAUGAGCUUCUUCUAUACUGGAACCUCGCGGAAACCGAUAGGGUUCUCGACGAACUCGAGGAGGCAUUAUUGGUUUCUGACUUCGGGCCAAGGAUCACCAUUAAGAUCGUGGAUAGCUUGCGUGAUGACAUAUUGGCAGGGAAGCUUAAAUCUGGUAGUGAAAUAAAGGAUGCGUUAAAGAAGAAUGUCUUGGAGUUGUUGACAGGGAGGGGGAGCAAAACUGACCUUCAACUUGGAUUCCGGAAACCAGCUGUAAUUAUGAUAGUUGGCGUCAACGGAGGUGGAAAGACAACAUCUCUUGGAAAGCUGGCUUUUAGAUUGAAAAACGAAGGGGCCAAAAUAUUAAUGGCAGCUGGUGAUACAUUUAGAGCAGCUGCUAGUGAUCAGUUGGAAGUUUGGGCAGAUAGAACUGGAUGUGAGAUUGUUGUUGCUGAAAGAGACAAUGCCAAAGCGUCAUCAGUUCUAUCACAGGCUGUAAAGAGAGGAAAGGAAGGUGGUUUUGACAUUGUUUUAUGUGAUACAUCUGGACGUCUACAUACAAAUUAUAGCUUGAUGGAAGAGUUAAUAGCAUGUAAGAAAGCUGUGGCCAAAGUUAUUCCAGGGGCACCUAAUGAGAUCUUGCAGGUAUUAGAUGGGACGACUGGUUUGAAUAUGCUGCCACAAGCAAGGGAGUUCAAUGAUGUAGUUGGAAUUACUGGUUUAAUUUUGACAAAACUAGAUGGUUCUGCAAGAGGUGGUUGUGUGGUCAGUGUGGUGGACGAGCUUGGCAUCCCCGUAAAGUUUGUUGGCGUUGGUGAAGGGUUAGAAGAUCUUCAACCUUUUGAUCCAGAGGCCUUUGUUGAUGCCAUAUUUUCAUGAUUUUUACAAUAUGAUUUCAGCCUUUGACAUUUGCACCCCAAACAAAGGACUCAGGGUGGAAACCAUGAUAUUAGUUUGAAAUUAAGCAAAGAAGUCAAUUCUUUUGCUGAGCAAGUGGAAAUGGCAGAAUGUCCUGAAAAAUGCGUUGAUCAUCAGAAUGAUUGUUCAAUCUAAAGAAAUGCUCAGGUAAAGGAGAAGAAUUAUUACAUAUAUUUAGAGACUUGAAGGCAAUUUUGAAUUAGUCAUUGCAAGAUUGCAGUUGGCAUGCCCGCAUAGAAGGUUGAUCGACUUUUCUGCUUUUGAAGUUUGCAUUCUACUGAAACCAACACUGUCAUGUAAGUUGGUUGAACACUCAGUUCUAUGUCGAAAUCCUAAAUACCAAAAUUUACAAUGUAUUAUAUUGUAAUUCGUAUUGAGAAGCAAUUUAUCAAUAGUUUUCAUUAUCAAUGGUUUU